CCAGCGGCGCGCGCAGCGCGACGCCCGUAGUACACAGAUAUGGGCUUUUAGGAUUAAUGUUUAGAAGCUGUGGCGACCCACGUUCAGCAAAACUUGUCGUUCUGUAGUCUAUAGAAGUUUUUCUGUGUGUGAAUCAAUGUGGAUGCAGGUGUUAGUAAUUGAGAGUCUUUUCGUCUUCAUAUUUCGGGACGGAGACUCCUGGUCCUGCCGAAGGAGCGCAGGCUCGAAGCGUUAGUGUAGGGGACGCACAGAGGGUGAAUAAGAUCGAUGGUCGCAUCUUGCCAGCCCGAGAAUCAAACCGCUUCUCUAUUCGCCAAGAAUACAUCCAGAGGAAUUCGUCUGGGUCCCCAGCCGCUAAAAAUUCCGAGAGUACGGUUGUUCCAGAACAAAGUCCGAAUGCAAAAACAAAGGCAGCUCCACGGAGUAGCACCGCUGGAGUAUUGCCAGAGAGGGCAGUCAGCCGGCGCAGCCUUCGUCGUGCGAAGAACGAAGAGGCUACGACCGCCGAGGAUUCAGACGUACAGACAACUCCGCGGCAGAUCAGCGCUGGUGCACCGACAGAACGGGCAGACAGGCGGGUCAGCGUCAGUGUACGCACGGGCGGGGUGGCUACGAAGUUGUCGACGACAUCAGUAGAAUCAAAUAGUAAAAGAACUCCACUGAUGAAACCCAAAGCGGGUGUAUUACCAAAAAGAACAUCAAUCGGGGGAAGCGUACGCGGUGCGCACGCAGCGCCUAGGACCGCUCCGGAUUCAAACGCUGGAACGCCGAGGACUCGGACAGCUCCACGGAGUAGCAGGGGGAUUGUAUUGCCUAACAGGCCAUCCGAGAGGGGACGCGUACCUAAGAACGGCAAAGUUAAUCGCACCGGUGGUGCCAACGUGCUCGAUCGAGACGCUUUUGAGCGUCGACAAAAGGACCGCUCUAGUGGUGCCGACGUACUCGAUCGAGACAGCCUUGCGCGCCUUCUAAUGGAUUCGCAGAAAGACGGGAAUGCGGGAAAUCUGCACAAUAACUCGAUGCGUCGAGAAGUUGACCGUGCCAUGAGUACUGACGUGCUCGAUGCCGAGGGCAUAGCGCGGUUGCUGAAGAAUGCCCGUGAGAAUGUUGACGAUGGAGAGCAAGGAUUGGAUAGCGGCGGUGCUGGUGUGCCUCGUACAUCGGCGGCACAGGACGUGGCAAUUGCGUCUCGCGCUAACGAUCGCAUGAGUGAGGCGGAUUCGCUGAAUGAGACCUCCCUAAGGCGCCUUCUCGAUCAGGACAAUACGUCAAGCGCCAAAGGCCUCUUAGAUGCACUUAGCAUGGCUCGUUUUCACGAGCGCGAUCAGAGGAGCACGCUCAAGCCUCGGCGUCCGUCGCUUUCUAACAAACUCGACGAAGCGCUGCGUGACGGUGAUGAGGAUGCACGUGCAGGAGACUCAGAAGUUGUUCUUCAAGAACAAGUACAACAAGAAGAACAUGGCAUUGGCAGGGAUGAGAGUGACGAGCCGUAUCUGCGACCGAUGGGUCCUAAGAGGACACCGACCGCGGCUAGAACUAGAAGAAAAGAAAUAAGGAAAGCAACGCCAUCAGCAAGGCCCGGCGUCGAGAAGGACAAGGAGGACGAGCCUUGGACGGAUGAGGAGUUGGAUAGGGAGGUGGUCGCAUACGAAUUCGGUGGGAAGCGCGUGACAAACGUCGUGGAAUUGUUCCAGGUACUGAGGCCAAAGCAGCCGCAGCUGGACUACAGCGCGCUUGCAGAGGGACCGCUUUUCGGGCGCUUUGCGGCCUACUUUAUGCCGGUGAGCACGCCAUCCAAAGUGUUCAACUUCGUGGUGCUAAACGCACCAGCAUAUCUGCGUCCCGUAACAAGGAAGAAGAUACGACAGCGUCGAAUACUUCGAGAAGAGAAAAAGAGAGAAGAACAAAGACGACUGGAGACAAUGAGGGCGAAAAGCCCAGAUGCGUCGCUGGAGCAGGACGAGCUUGAUUCCGUGCUGAGUUCCGACACCGAAAGAGCCCGAAAUCAUGCAGAUCUGCCACCACGCCUCCAAAUCUUUAGCAGAGGUCAGAGCAAAGAAGGGGAGGCUCUUUCUGUUGAUGCUUUCAUAUCGGCGGACGAGGAUGUUCCUGAUGAUCUCUCGAACAAGAAAAGUAUUGUGAAGCUGUUGGACCAUGCCAAGGCUAAGGUAGGUUCAUUCCGUCCCGCUUACUCCGGAGAAGAUGUGCGGCAGCGUGAUAUGCUCCGGCGAGAUGCCUACCUGCGGCAGUUUCUGGAAGCUGGUGGAACUCCAGACCGGCCCCUCUUCGACACGCGGCCUGUAAACAUUAACAAGGUGAUGCUGCGGCGUUGCGGAGUGACACAACCGGAGGACGACGAGGAGUACUCGGAGACGGAUGAGCACGGACUUCACCCGAAGCGCUUGCGCCGAAUCCUGAUGGAACGAUACUUGCAGUUAAGACUCGGCCCAAUAAUUCAUCUCCUCUAUUACAGACAGAGAAGUAUCCCUCUUAAGUAGUUUUCUUCUUCUACAUGGAUUCUGAGUAGCAUGAAUAUAACAUGCAGGUUGUAGAUGAAAUCAGAUGAAUUAUUGCAAGCUCUAACGGAGGACGUCGAAAGCAGAACGAAAAAGCGAGCAAGCAUAGCUUUGCUGAAUCGGGAAGACUAAGGCCCAUAUCUUCAAUCCAAACAUUCUAAUGGUAUUGGUAAGUCUACUAGCUAUUUGACUAGCAGUACUCUUAUUCUCUUAGGAUAGUUACUAUGCAUGUCGAUGUUCUUUUCGAUGCUGUAAAUAGUUCUAAAAGCAAUUGGUAAGCAUGAACAAAGCCACGUCAAAUCCGGAAUUUUGGGAAAACUGGCGCGCAAGGCAAGAUGCUGUCUCGCCCACAGCAACUUUUCGCGGCCUUGUGGAGCAGUAUUCGCCUUUGACGGUUCCGGGAGCCACGGGGCGCAGUCCGCCCACAAGUGCAGCACUUUUCCGCUUGCGGAGUAAAAUAGAGUUAAGAUUAGAUAAGCUUGUAUUGUUCACCAAAAAUUCGACUCCCAGUACAUACUUACAUAGAUGAAGAUCUUAAUCACAGUGAAUUCAUCUUUGAUGAGUGAGAGUGAAGAAGCAUGGUCCCUGGUGUAGCAAAGUAAUCAACUUGAAUGAUUUGAGUACCGAAAAAGUUCUACAACAGGGACAUGAAUGCCGGGUGAUCUGGACUUCGCUAAUAGACGGAUCCAGCAGCGCUCGGGUAGUUAAGGCCCAUUUGAAGCUGAACCCAUCUACCGAAGCAUCUAUCAUCCAAGAUGAAUAUCCUAGAAGAGGAAUGCAGCCAAGAUAGAAAGAUGAAGAUGCUCCUCAUGAAAAUCAAAUUGAUUUAGGCUACCUGCUAGCAAACAAGGUCUAAGAUGAGCCAGUUUCUCAACUCAGCGCCGUCUGGGGGCGUGAGCGCAUACGAUGAAAUGCAGCGGUCAACGAAGGGUGAACAGGUGCAGAGACACCGACUUUGUGGUCAUUUGGCAGGUCUUUUUGAAGCUGCACCACCCGCGCAGCUUGACGCAGAUAUAAACGCGCAAUCUGACUCGUUCCAACAUUCUGCAUGGCCGCUGGAAGAACAGGCGCAGGUGCUGCAACGAGGGCACCUGGAACAACUGAAACAGCUCGCGCUAAGAGAGGAGAAAGACCGCGUGACACAUGCAAUCAAUGUCGCAGCAGCCGGAGUCAAAAGUACGGUGAUGAAGGGGAUGGCGAAAGAAGCAGGUGUGGGCGAGGAUGCUCUUCCUGAGACUGCCUCCUCUCUCAAGAACAAUGGAGGCGCGAACACUUCCGCCACAGCAUCGGCAAUUGGGCCGACUGCAUCUUCUCCAACAGCAACCGAGGGAGCGAUCGGACAGUCCUCAAAGUGGAAUCCGAUCGCUACGUUCAAUAUGCACCUUCGGGGAUCGGAAAGCCAAGAGUUUUUAAGCUCUGCUUAUCUUUUGCAUCUUUUGUUCUACCACACUGGCUUUACGUACAGUUUUGGUAGUAGUUGAUCUUCAUCUCUUGUAUUUCGUCUCUUCAUCUUUUCGAAGUUGUACUACCAUACAUGUUUUAGGGCUGGACGGUGCCCCCCCUGUGGUCUGGUCUGUGGUGGCGCGCGCGCGCGCUUUUCCGCGCUGAUUUUCGCGGAUUCUAGUGGUGGAAGGCGUCAAAACUUGGCGCGGACCUCCCCUUGGGCCUCUCAGCGUGUUCCUUAGGGGCCUCCUGGCCUCUGCUGACCUUCGCAGGCGGGAGGCCUCCGGGGUGAAAGGCCGCCGAAGGCGGCCACGGUCGCAAGCGCAAGCAAGCCAAUGGCCAAGGGCCCGGAGGGUACAGGCCGCACGGCUCAGGGGGUCCAGCCACUCGCCUUUUGCCGCCUUCGGAGGCCUUCCCCAGCCGGCGCACUGCUGCGGCGGCGGAGCAUAUCGGAGGCACUUAGGGCACAGGCAGGCGCCUGGGCGGGGGCGCGGGCGGUCCCUUGGGCCCCUUUUGAAGCCUCCCACCUACAUCGGAGGCCUCUAGGGAACAGCCAGGCAGCUGGAAGCGAGCGGAGGAGGGAGGUCACUGGGCCCCCUUUUGAGGCCUUCCACCCCCGGCAGACGCCUCCAAAAGGGGCCCGGGGCGCGACGGUACCCCCCCGCCGCGCUAGGGGGGGGCGCCGUCGCCCCGCGCCCUGGAUCAUACAUAGAAAAACUGGAGACGGCAAUCACACACAUUUAUACCAUAGAUAGAGCACUAAAUAGCACAACCCGUUAGUUUUUACCUCUGUCUAGAGAUUGAGCCCUUCCAACAAUACUUAUCUAUCAUCAUUUUGGAUGGAGGGCGUGGUCUGAGUCCGACACCGACUCCGAAUCUGUAUGUUGAUGGUUGCAUGGAUAGUGUGCCGCCCAUCUCUAAACAGGGCCGGCAGACCAGGCACCGCAUGGGGAGUGUCGUGUAUUUGCGAGCAUCCGAUACUCGCCGACACCGUGAUUGCGGGAACCACCACUGGUGGAUGGAAAAUAUUACAUUGGAACGAGGAAGAGGUGGAGGAAGACGAGGAUACCUACGAUGACGCGGACAUAUCAGCUUUCGUAGGAGAAGUUAAGGCAUUUCUUAUGAUUCAUUGAUAUCGGCAAUGCUAAUCUUCAUAGCCAACGUCCUCGUUCGGCUUCAUGUUGUAGCCCAAGAAUACAGCCACACACACUCAUUACAGUAAACACGAUACGUCGAAAUUUCCCUGUAGUUUGCACGUGGAUGAAGAGGUAGCUUAUGUUGUAUAAGCUUUAUACUUGCAUCUAGAUCAAAAACAAUCACAAUGAAUACGUGCAAGCAUUCGUAGCAAUUGAAAUCAUCCGCAUGUUCGGGAACGACGACUUUAGUGUGUCGGAGGCAGCGGUAAUUGUUACGAGGUUUUGAAGUACUUAGGAGUUGUUCUAAGGGGGGCAUGAAUAGUUCCGGAAAGUCUGCGAAAGGCAGCGGGUGGUUCUCGUGGCUUUUCUACGGCGAGCGCGAGGAGGGCGGCAACAAUGCGAUGAAUAAUCAGAUCGACCCCAGCCUGAAACUGUCGGCUCCGUUCCUAGGCGAGUCCAUGAUUUUUCCGUCCACACAUAUGGACGGGCAAAGUGGCAGCCUGAAAGGCGAUGGCCAAUCCUCGCUCCAUCUGGAGAGCUUUAGGCGUUGGGGGAGUUUUCUACGCUAUCGUGAAAAGCAGGCAGAGCUUAAACAGCUAACGGCAAGCCGCGGGGCGGGCUUUCAAGCGGCGGUCGCGGAUCCUGGCCCAAGCAAAAUCGGGGAGCAGCUCAAAUGUCCGGACGCACAUCCCGGCGUUAUGCACAUCAACAUAUAAUAUAUUAUAAUAUUAGUAUUUAUAGUAGCCCCUCAAAGAAUAUAAUGCUAGCCUCCACAAGCUUCGCCCGGCUUCAAGUUAGUUUAGCACUUUCCUGCGGCCUCCCACGGGCUACAGCCGCGAGAGUAGAGACAGCCCGCUGGUGAGCUGUUGCACCUUACGAAUUGACUACGACAAGAGCCGAGUGCCGGCGGUGGCCGACUCAGAUGCGUCGACUCAUGUGCAGGGCAUUGCGCUGCCUUCGGUUUUUUUUUGAGAUUGCCGGGCGGGUCAUGCAAAUUCUUAAGAAUUUGCAAGACCCCCACGGCAGUCCAACAAAAAAACCAGAAGAGAGCCACCAGACACGCACAAGAAUCCGCAAGCCCCAACGCACGCAAGCGCCUCGCGGUGGCGCCAGGCAAGAACGAGAGGCGACCUCGAUGGGCCAAACAAGACAAAGCAACGCAGGGCCGCGCUGCUUGGGUCUCUCUACGCGCUUACACCUGGCGGGGCUUCUUUGUUUCGUCAGAUGUCUCGCGUCAGAAACAGACGGGCGCACUUUGCGGGGCCGUGCGGCGUCGCGCUUCGGGCUGUGGCUGAAGCCUCUCGGCUGGCUGACGUCUUUCAUGAAGCUGGAGACUAAGGCCCUCCAUCAGGCUGAUGCCGUUCGUCAGAGCAACGCUCUGCGCCAGGCUGGCGGCGUUCGUCGGGCAGGCCGGCGCCCCUCGGCAGGCGUCUUGGGUCAGGCUGAGGCUUUUCGUCAGGGUCGGGCGACGUCUCUCGUCAGGCUGAAGCGCUUCGCCUGGCUGACAUUCCUCGCCAGGCCGAGACUCACGCCUUUGGUCAGGUUGAUGGCUUGCUUCAGCUCGGCGCCGUUCGUCAGGCUGAUGCACUCGCCAGCCAGGUGAGGCCUCUCGCCAGACCGGCGCAAUGCUUCGCCAGGCGUCUGCCUUGCGUCGGAACAGGCUGAGCGGGGCCUCUCUUCGGGCUGUGGAUGUCUCUCCUUCGUAAGGUUGAUUCCGUUCUUUCGUCGGACCGGCGUGCUUCGCCAGAUUGACCGCGUUCGCCGGACUGACGUCCUUCGCGAAAGGUCUUCGCUAUCUUCAAGGGCCUCGCGCCACAGGGAGGCCCCGCGUCAGUUUUUCUGGCGGAGGUCGUUCGUCAGAUGUCUGCUGUCGUGGGUCUCACUCUUGUCCUGUCGGAGGUCUUGGGCCCAAAGGUCGUCUUUGGUCCACAGGUCGCCGGUGGUCCACAGGUCGCCUGUGGCCCAAAGGUCGGCUUUGGUCCAAAGGUCGGCUUUGGUCCAAAGGUCGGCUUUGGUCCAAAGGUCGUCUGUGGUCCGGAGGUCGUUUUUGGUCCAAAGGUCGCCUCCCUUACUUUGGUCCAAAGGUCGCCCUACUUUGGUCCAAAGGUCGCCCUACUUUGGUCCAAAGGUCGCCCUACUUUGGUCCAAAGGUCGGCCUACUUUGGUCCAAGGGUCGCCCUACUUUGGUCCAGAGGUCGAAGGGUCGCCUUACUUUGGUCCAGAGGUCGUCCAUCCUACUCUGGUCCAGAGGUCGGCGCACUUUGGUCCAAAGGUCGGCUUACUUUGGUCCAAAGGUCGCCUUACUUUGGUCCAAAGGUCGCCUUACUUUGGUCCAAAGGUCACCUUACUCUGGUCCAAAGGUCGCCCUACUGUGGUCCAGAGGUCGUCGCACUUUGGUCCAGAGGUCGCCUGUGGUCCCGCGGUCGUCUUCGGUCCCAGGAUCGUCUUUGGUUUCAAGGUCGUCUUUGGCCCCAGUGUCGUCUUAAGUCCCAAGGUCUCCUGUGGUCCAGAGGUCGCCGGCCUGUGGUCCAAAGGUCGCCCCUGGGUCAAAGAUCGCCUUUGGGUCAAAGAUCGCCUGUGCUCCAAAGGUCGUCUUUGGUCCAAAGGUCGCCUUUAGUCCGAAGAUCGCCUUUAGUCCGAAGAUCGCCCUUGGUCCAACGAUCGCCCUUGGUCGAAAGCUCGUCUUUGGCCCAAAGAUCGGCUUUGGUCCAUGUGUCUUUGGUCCAAGGUCUUUGCCCUUUCGGUGGGCGGUCUUUCGUUGGCUGUCUCUCUUUGGACUUUUCUCCGCAGCUUGCGCCCCCACCCCCGUCGGCCAUUUUUCUGCCUUCUUUUUUGGUGGUCUGCCACGGGGCUGCAACGUAAAUCCCAACAAGGAAACGGCCGGAGGCUAUCAGGCUUGAGAAUGAGGGGAAAGGGCAGGAGGCUAUGGGCAAUAGCUUCGCGAAAGAAGCUGACUAAUCUCCGGUGGGUUAGGCGGGGAGUUUUAUGGCGGCGAUCAAUGGCGAGAUUAAUAAUAUAGAUUAAUAAUAUAGAUUAAUAAUAUAGAUUAAUAAUAUAGAUUAAUAAUAUAGAUUAAUAAUAUAGAUUAAUAAUAUAGAUUAAUAACAUAGAUUAACAACAUAGAUUAAUAAUAUAGAUUUUUUUUUUGUUAUGUUUUUUAUCUAUCAACUUAUAAGAGUUAGUAUUUCUAGUGUUCGCAAUUUUUUUAAGACCAAGACUCCUCCUUAAGGGGGCUGCCUUAGGGAGCUUCCUUAAGGAAAUUGCAUUCCUUUACUAAAGAUUUUCUAUUAUAGAAAUCUAUUAUAGGGCUCCCUUAAGGGCGCUCCUUAAGGCGGCCCUUGUAAUAAAAUUGGGUUAAUAUUAGACCCUUCCUUAAGAGUCACCUCUUAAGGGCCUCCACUUGCUAGCUUAGCCAUGGCUAGCUGGCUCGCUGCUUAGGCAUAGCUAGCUUGCUAGCAUAGGAAUAGGAUAGCUCGCCUGCUAGCUCAGCAGUAGCUAGCUGGCUUGCCAGGUUAGCCGUAGCUAGCUUGCUAGCUGCUUGGCCAUAGCUCUAGCUAGCUUGCUACUGGCUGCGGCGCCAUAGCUGGAGCGCUAGCUGCUUGGCCAUAGCUAGCUUGCUAGCUGCUUAGCCUUGUCUGGCUUUCUAUCUGUUUAGCCAUAGCCAGCCUGCUAGCUGCGUAGCCAUUGCAAGGCUGCUAGGUUAGCCGUAUUAGCCUACAAGCGCGCCGGCUUGGCGCUAGCUUAGCCAUUGCUUGCUUGCUAGCCUAGCCACGGCCACCCUGCUAGCUUAGCCCGGCAUAGCUAGCCUCGUCUUAGCCUAGUCGUGACCAGCUUGCUACUUAGCACGAGCAGAAGCAGCCACCUCGCCAAAGCUAACCUGCCAGCUUAGCCAUGGCCACUCCAACCUGUUAGCUUGGCAAUAUCUAGCCAGCUGGCUUAGCAAUGGCAAGCGUCCAUGCCGGUCCAUUCUAAGCCAGCCGCGCGUCGCUAGCUUGAUGACUUAGCGGCUUGCUUCGUUUGUCUUAUGUAUCUGUCUACCUAGUUGCCAAGUGCUAUCCUAUGCCCAGCGCAGCGGUACUUAUAAGCUUAAGCACUUUUGUUCAUGUCCUUAAGAACACCUUCUUAAGGAAAAUUCCAGAAGCAAGUUCUUUAAGGGAAGGACCCUCAAGGCGUGCCACCCUUACAGGCCACUUCUUACUAGAGUUGGCUACUAAAGGGCCCUCCUUAAGAAAAAGGCUAGGUAGGGAGCUGCCCAAGAUUUCUGAGCUAGCUGGCCACAGCUUCUGAGCUAGCUGGCCAGAGCUGCUAAGCUGGCUGGCCAAUGCUUCUAAAAUAGCUGGCCGCGGCUCCUGAGCUAGCUGGCCAUGGCAUCUGAGCUACCUGGCCGUGGCUUCUGAGCUAGCUGGCCGUAGCUUCUAAUCUAGCUGCCCACCGAAAGCCUCUUCUAAGCUAGCUGGCCAUGGCUUCCAAGCUAGCUGGAGGCGGCUUCUAAGCUACCAAGCCACGGCGUCCAUUGCCAUUGAUUGGCUUCGAAGUAGGCUAGCAAGCUGCUUCAGGCGUCUGAGCUAACUGGCCAAGCUUGUGAGCUAACUGGCGCAAGCCGCUUGCGAGCUAGCUGCCCAAAGCUUCGGAGUUACAUAGCUGCCCAUGGCUUCUAAGCUCGCUGCCCAUGGCUUCUGUAUCUGAGCUAGCUGGCCGUGGCUUCUGAGCUAGCUGGCAAGGCAAGGCUGGCUUCGGAGCUAGCUGGCCACCUCAUCUAUUGGCGCUGGCUUCCAUCUAAGUGAGCUAGCUAGCCAGCUGGCUUGCAUUGGCUUCCGAUUCAGUGAGCUGGCGGGCUAUUGGUUUGGCGCUCACUGUCGAUGGCUUCUCGGCUACCGGCUCUGGCUCCCAGCUUAGGCAUGGUCUAGGGGCUCUAAGCUCGCUGGCGGUGGCUUUGUGUUUGUUCUAUGCUAGUUGGCUAGGGCUUCUUAGGCAGGUCGCUACAGCUUCAAAGCUCGUCUCUGGCUAUGCCUUCCGGGCUAGCUGGCUAGGGCUUCCGGGCUAGCUGGCUAGGGCUUCCGGGCUAGCUGGCUAGGGCUUCCGGGCUAGCUGGCUAGGGCUUCCGGGCUAGCUGGCUAGGGCUUCCGGGCUAGCUGGCUAGGGCUUCCGGGCUAGCUGGCUAGGGCUUCCGGGCUAGCUGGCUAGGGCUUCCGGGCUAGCUGGCUAGGGCUUCCGGGCUAGCUGGCUAGGGCUUCCGGGCUAGCUGGCUAGGGCUUCCGGGCUAGCUGGCUAGGGCUUCCGGGCUAGCUGGCUAGGGCUUCCGGGCUAGCUGGCUAGGGCUUCCGGGCUAGCUGGCUAGGGCUUCCGGGCUAGCUGGCUAGGGCUUCCGGGCUAGCUGGCUAGGGCUUCCGGGCUAGCUGGCUAGGGCUUCCGGGCUAGCUGGCUAGGGCUUCCGGGCUAGCUGGCUAGGGCUUCCGGGCUAGCUGGCUAGGGCUUCCGGGCUAGCUGGCUAGGGCUUCCGGGCUAGCUGGCUAGGGCUUCCGGGCUAGCUGGCUAGGGCUUCCGGGCUAGCUGGCUAGGGCUUCCGGGCUAGCUGGCUAGGGCUUCCGGGCUAGCUGGCUAGGGCUUCCGGGCUAGCUGGCUAGGGCUUCCGGGCUAGCUGGCUAGGGCUUCCGGGCUAGCUGGCUAGGGCUUCCGGGCUAGCUGGCUAGGGCUUCCGGGCUAGCUGGCUAGGGCUUCCGGGCUAGCUGGCUAGGGCUUCCGGGCUAGCUGGCUAGGGCUUCCGGGCUAGCUGGCUAGGGCUUCCGGGCUAGCUGGCUAGGGCUUCCGGGCUAGCUGGCUAGGGCUUCCGGGCUAGCUGGCUAGGGCUUCCGGGCUAGCUGGCUAGGGCUUCCGGGCUAGCUGGCUAGGGCUUCCGGGCUAGCUGGCUAGGGCUUCCGGGCUAGCUGGCUAGGGCUUCCGGGCUAGCUGGCUAGGGCUUCCGGGCUAGCUGGCUAGGGCUUCCGGGCUAGCUGGCUAGGGCUUCCGGGCUAGCUGGCUAGGGCUUCCGGGCUAGCUGGCUAGGGCUUCCGGGCUAGCUGGCUAGGGCUUCCGGGCUAGCUGGCUAGGGCUUCCGGGCUAGCUGGCUAGGGCUUCCGGGCUAGCUGGCUAGGGCUUCCGGGCUAGCUGGCUAGGGCUUCCGGGCUAGCUGGCUAGGGCUUCCGGGCUAGCUGGCUAGGGCUUCCGGGCUAGCUGGCUAGGGCUUCCGGGCUAGCUGGCUAGGGCUUCCGGGCUAGCUGGCUAGGGCUUCCGGGCUAGCUGGCUAGGGCUUCCGGGCUAGCUGGCUAGGGCUUCCGGGCUAGCUGGCUAGGGCUUCCGGGCUAGCUGGCUAGGGCUUCCGGGCUAGCUGGCUAGGGCUUCUGGGCUAGCUGGCUAGGGCUUCCGCUUCUGCUCUAAGCGGGCUGCCUGCCUAUCUCUGGGCAGCGUGACUGACAUUUGAAGGCGUUGCUUUUGGUAUUCUUGUCUGUCUUUCAACCUCGGGCACCGGCGGGCCCCUGUUGGGCCUGCGUACGGGGUGCGUAUAUAUUGGCGCUAAGUCAACUAAGAACUGCACAAAAACGGCCACUAUUGUCGCCUCCUCGUCCUGGAAGUGCUCCGCUUCGCGGCUUUUGCAACUUGCUCCCUCUUGGUUUUUCUGUCUUUUGGUUUCGUUUCAUGUGAUUCCCCGCGCCCCUCCAGAGUCCACCGCGCCAGCCUGCAAAUAUGUGCUGGGGGAUUCUGGAGGGGCGCGGGGAUUUGGAGGGUGCCCGAGGUUCUUGGCUCGCAACUGGGUGAGGGUUUGCCCAGAAGGGAGCGCAGUAGGUGGCGAGCGCGAGUGUUCUGCGGAUUCGUAUCAUGCCCGGAAAGGUUGAACUUUGUCUGGAUUUUUGCAGUCUUUAGCUGAGUUUUCUCCAUUCAGGCCCCACUUGUCUGUGGUCAGAUUUUUCACCAUAAUCGGAGAGGUUUGAGGCAGUCCGCCCGAGGUUCUUCGCUCUUGGGUCUUUUCAUGUUGUUAGGUGUUCGUUGGACUUUUGACCACUCGGCGCCCCAAGGCUCUCGCGCCGGGUGGGAUUAGUUACAAACAAGGAAGAGAGAGAGAGACACGCUGCCGCCUAUAAAUGGCCAGGCCAUCCCCCACGCGCGCCGCCGUGUGUGCGCAGAUUGUCGGGGGGUUUGCUGCUGUUGUUCGCAUUGUUUUGAAGUACUUACUUCAGCGGGGAACUUUUCGGGGGUUUCGCUGGAAUUGAGUAAGUCCCUCUAUUGUUUGCUGGGUUCUUGCUCGCAGGGCCAUUCUCGACGAAAAAACUAAUAAGCUGUCUUCUGAUUUUUUUCCAAAAAUGGCCUUGCGAGCAGGAACCCGGCAAGCAAUAGCGAGACGUCCUCAAUUUCGUGGCGUUUUUCAAAAAGGGCGGGGCGGGGCUGGUUGCCGCUUCAGUUCCAAAGGGCUCGCGCCUCCUCUUUUUGUUGGGUUUCGAUGGUGUAGCAUGCUCGCCGCGCCUCUCGUGCUUCUGCAGGUGGUUGAUUAGAAUGGCGCUAAGUCAACUAAGAACUGCACAAAAACGGCCACUAUUGUCGCCGCUUCGUCCUGGAAGUGCUCCGUUUAGCGGCUUUUGCAACUUGCUCCCUCUUGGUUUUUCUGUCUUUUGGUUUCGCUUUCGUUUCAUGUGAUUCCCCGCGCCCCUCCAGAGUCCACCGCGCCAGCCUGCAAAUAUGUGCUGGGGGAUCCUGGAGGGGCGCGGGGGUUUGGAGGGUGCCCGAGGUUCUUGGCUCGCAACUGGGUGAGGGUUUUCCAGAAGGGAGCGCAGUAGGCGGCGAGUGUUCUGCGGAUUCGUAUCAUGCUAGGAAAGAUUGAAUCUUGUCCGGAUUUUUGUGGUCUUUAGUUGAAUUCUCUCCAUUAUAAAUAUCUUCUCCUCGAGGUUGCACAGCAUGCGUGUCCCUGUGCCAGAGCCUCACUCUUAUUCACUGAACAUUAAUCGAUGAUCUCGUCAACAUUUACCUACGCGUUUGAUUCUAAUAGCCGGCACAUGGUGACCGAUUUAACGAUGCAUCGACGUUGCCGGCGACUGCUGACGGUGGGGUCUGACCACUACUAUCGCGUGUGGGAUCUUGAGGAGCCAGACUUGCUGCCUUUGGUGCAAUCUUACGCGAACCCGGUUCGCACGAAUUCUGUCGCUGCGCAUGAUUUUUCUGAUUUUGUGGCCGCGGGUGACUCUGACCAUGUAGUCCGCAUUUGGGACUUAAACCGCGGUUUCUGCGCCUACGCACCUGCCCAAGUGAUGCGUGGCCACAUUGCUUCAGUUCGACACGUUGAUUAAGGCACGCACCUGAUCCUCUUGAUGAUGCAAGAACAGUUUCUACAACUAAGUUGUAUUUCGGCGAUUUCCAUUUUUGCUAUUGAGGUUCCGGUAGUUGUAGUUCUAAAUGGAUGCAUUAGAACAACUUAUAGGUUUGUAGUUUUUUCUAAAAAGAAUUUGAGCCCUUUGGAAACGGUGUUUUAACAGCAUCGAAGGACGGCUCUGCGGCUGUCUUCGAUUUGCGAUCUGGCCUUUGCGUCCAACUUUGGGAUGGACUCCGGUAUAGCGUAAUAAGCCCUCACGACAAGAAGUUAAGAAGCGCGUUUAUUACAACCUCUAUUUCCCCCUGCGUUCUUCUCCCCUCAUGAACAUUGACAUUAGAUUUUGACCUCUUACUUUUCUACUUAGUUGCUUACACUCUGAUUCUGAAGAUGAAGACUCUUCGGACGAAUGUACGUCAAAGAAUACAGCUACCAACCUUCAGUACACUCAGAUUUUUAAAGUCGAAAAUUGUAGAUACGUGCAACAUAAAGUCUAGUACUGUUGAGAAGGAAAAUCUUCUGGUUGUAACUACUGCCACACUUCCUGAUUCUUCGUCGAGCUUCAAAAUUAUGCAGAGAUACAAGUAGAGGUGGAGCUGCAUUCCAUCUUGAAGAACAUGUUCGUCUUUCACUGUUCCGGUCUAGUCUUAGUACUAGAAAAAGACAGUGAUAGAAGCAAGAGUACUAUCUUCUAUUUUCCCACCUCGCUUCUAAUAAAGGCCCGCUUCGCAAAUGGGGCUGGGGGUGCUGCCAAAGGUGUUGGCUAUUCCGGAGGUCCUCUUAACAGUGCGCAUUUUUCUCCAGAUCUGACAAGCGUUCUCACUGUGGGUGAAUACGGCGUGUGCCGCUUGUACGAUCGCAGGCAAACACGACGGGAGCUUUUCCGCUUUGCCUCGAAGAGUGGGGUGGCUAAGCGCGCUUGCUUCGACAGCACCGGCAAGACCAUCGCGAUUUGUUGCCCACAAAGUGUCUUCCUUCUCGACGUGGACAAGCAGGAGUACCUCCAUGGGAUAACUCCAAGAUCGGAGCUACGCUUAGGACCAGUAAUUUGUUCACAACUACGUAUGUAGUACUUAUUAUAAGUAAUAUAAAUUAAUCAGUGUGAGGAGCUAUCCAGUGUGACCUAGAAGUAUCCUUAGGCGGGCCCCUCUAUCUCUUCCCAAACUACGGGAACCAAGGGAUAUAACAGGCUUUUUCUCAUUUCUUAAAUUGGGAUAGAUGCAAAUUAGUUGAAUUACUGCUAAUACAUAGUUCUGCCGACAGCGUGCCGCUCUUUACCAGCGCUCUUUUCACCAGAGAAAACCGCAAUCUAGCCGUGGCUUCACUGAAUUGCGGCUUGACUAUUUUUGAGAAGGAAGCCAGAUAGACGGAACCCAUCUCUUUGUAGCUCUUCAACGGCAAGUAGAACUGGUCUUGCGGAUGCGGUGGCCUCGUUUUUAGGAUUUGUCACGAGCUGUUGUCUUCUUGGUCCCUUCUCGUCAGGGUUGAGUUGCUGAACUAAGAAUUUCGGCUAUUGUUGCCAGAUUCUGGUGGCUGAGGGAAAUUCAUUUUACAUAAGUUGAUACUUUAAAUCGCGUGUUAUCUUGUUUCUGGACUUCUUGUCUGCAAGGAUUUCUCUAGUAGACGUGAAUUUUACUUACUUGUUGAUGUAGUUGUCUACCAGUACCACCUAAAACCAAAACUAUCAAAUCAGUGCGACUUUCCUUCCUCUCUGCGAAUAUUCAUCCUAGAUGCACAUACUUCGUAUUUUCUCAAACAGACAUGUUGAUUUAUUGUAUCUGAUGCCCGACGGAACAAGUAGGCGCACCCAGACAUGCAUAUGCAAGCUCUUCCUGACGCUCUGCACGAUUGAGUCAGCCGCGAUAUCUACAACUACUACUGUCGAUGAUCUCAUGUCUAGCUCGUUCUAGGUCAUGAUGAACAAGAUUUCAAGGGUUUUAGACUGAAUAGGGCUUAGGGCUUUAGACUGAAUAAAUCUAAGCUUCAGGAGAGCAGCUUCUGCC